UGUCUAAGCGAAACAAAACCUCGACUGUUUGCUGAUGAUACAAACCUAACAGCUGCGGGAGAAUCUAUAAAUUAUGUUGAAGCUGCAAUGAAUUCUGAUUUAGAAAACCUUAGGAAAUGGUUAAUUGCCAACAAACUAAGUUUAAAUGUGGCCAAAACAGAAUUUAUAUUAAUUGGAUCUAAACCAAUGAUAAAAAGUAUCUCAAAUAAACAACCAAACAUUAUCAUAGAAAACAAACCAAUUAAACAAGUAUAUGAUUGCAAAACUCUUGGAGUGACUGUUGACCAGCAUUUGUCUUGGAAGAAUAAUACCGAAAGAAUAAUACUGAAACAAUUUGCAAGAAAAUAA